CAGUAGAUAAUUUUAAUUCUUGUCAACGAACGAAUGGAAGUUACGUGUGGUACUCAAUCGUGUUGAUUAGAGAAGAGUGAAAAACAAUUAACUCGAUUAAUCUGAUACGGGUGAAUUAUUCUCCUCUACUUUCGGCUCAUUUUGAUGAAGGAUUCACAACUAAUUGAAUGCUUUCCGUGCAAAGUGCGUUGCAUCCGUGUCCUUGUAUUUUGCUAUCUAUUUGACAUACACACCCAUUAAGUUGGUUCAGUUUUUAUUAGAAUCAAUUUCUUACAACAAUGCAGGCCAUAAAAUGUGUAGUUGUAGGCGAUGGUGCUGUAGGUAAAACAUGUUUGUUGAUAAGCUACACCACAAACGCCUUCCCUGGCGAGUACAUCCCCACCGUUUUCGACAAUUACUCGGCCAAUGUGAUGGUGGAUGGGAAACCCAUAAACCUUGGCCUAUGGGAUACUGCGGGUCAGGAAGAUUACGACAGAUUGAGACCUCUGUCUUACCCCCAGACUGACGUCUUCUUGAUAUGUUUUUCUUUGGUGAAUCCAGCGUCCUUCGAAAACGUAAGGGCAAAGUGGUACCCAGAAGUGAGACAUCACUGUCCAAAUACCCCGAUCAUCUUAGUGGGAACAAAGCUUGACCUGCGUGAUGAUCGCACCACAAUCGAGAAAUUGAAAGACAAGAAAUUGGCUCCUGUUACAUAUCCACAGGGUUUGUCAAUGGCAAAGGAGAUUAGUGCUGUCAAGUACUUAGAAUGUUCUGCUUUAACACAGAAAGGUUUGAAGACCGUGUUCGAUGAAGCUAUCAGAGCAGUGCUUUGUCCUGUUACGCUAGUCAAGCCCCCUAAGAGAUGUACAAUAUUGUAAUAUAAGAAACACCUACAAUUAACCAGAAAAAAAGCAUAAAUAAUACCAUGUCAUUUUCGAUCAUCUUUCCAUUUCAAUUGAAUGUCUAUGAACGACUCGAUCGGUUGUAGCUGGCUGGCGUCAUGACUAUGUUGAUAUGUUGAACAUAAUCUGAAAGUAAUCUACUGUACUUGCAAGCUUAAUUUCUCAAAAUUAAUCCAAACUUGGGAUUCGUUUAUAAAUGUGCUUCAGAAUAAUUUUGGACUUGUCCAGAAACCUUAUCGAUUCAGUUAACAUUCUGUUGACUAUUAUUUCCACACGGUUCAAAUUUUUUUGGAAGCUUCUUUGUUCACAGGAAAAUAUCUGUUUUCGCCAAAAAAAUGCUCUAGUGAAUUUUCUUCUUAUGUUCAAUGUAGAGUCGGUGACAUAUUAUGUACAGUAUUACUACCUAUUUUUAAAUUGCCCUUUGUGAUAAAACUCUACUUGCCAAAGUGUUUUUCGUGCUGUUAUUUUGAAAGGUUUUUGUAGACGCCAGCAAGACAAAUGGUGUUUGAAUUUAGGUUGUAUUAUCUUAGCAUUUUUAUUUCGCUCAUUAUACAUAAAACAUGUAUUAUCAUUAUUAUUAUUUUUUAUUCAUCAUCGCCUAAAAAAAUUCUAAUGUCUGUGCAAUAUUUGACAUUUAUAGAUUUUACUAUAAAAUCGCGUGUUAGAUGCACGUCGAAAGUAACUAAAAAUCUUCUUUUUAGUUAUUAAUAAUUUUAAGUUUUGAUUUGUAUAAUAGAAAUUUAUUGGGUUGUUUCUGGAACUAAAAAAAUAUUCGUUCUUAUGCUCUACUCGGUUUAGUUACCUCGAACGAAAAAUAAUGCUUCAAUGAUUUAGUUAGUACUAGAUUACUUAGCUAUGUGGUAAUUGAAAAUUAAUGAGUAAAAUAUUUCACAGAAUUAUGUAGUUAGUUUUUCUUUUAUGAGUAGACGUUUUGGUUCUUAUUAUUGGUAGUUUGUGUUUCAAUUUUUUUUUUUUUUUUUUUUUUUUCAUUGUACCUUUCAGAUAAACUUGUAUGCAUAUUUUGAAUUGAAUUUUACGCACAAAUAUUGCACAAAUUGUACCAUUUAUCUUAAUUCAGAACCAAAACGUCUAAUUCCUGCAUUUUAUUUAUGGCUUCUUCUAAGGUUUUAAUUUUCUUAGGUUCUGUUGGUUUACUUUAGCCAUAGACUGCAAUUUGCAGUCAAGUUCAGGUUUGAUAUCAAUAAAUGAAUUGUUAAAAAAUUAUCUAAGGGAGCGGUGGUGUACAUACAAAAGUAUUACAUGAGUAUAAGUGAAUUUUGGUAAUUUUAUAAAUGGUUACUAUAAUUUUAAGGAUUACUUGUUCAACAAAUGACAUUGAUAAAAAAAAACUAUUAGUAAAUAAUUGAGAAUUUUCGACAUUAUGUUAGUCGUUUUGCAUUUUAAAUUUUAUUAAAGUUCUACUUCUAAUUAGUAAUAAUAUAAAGUAUACAUGUAAUUGUAAAGUAUCUGUUCUAUUUUUGUAUUUUGCUUGUAUUGCUGACAUUUAUGGAACAUCUUCAUUGAAAAUUUUCGAAUAUCUGUGUGAUUAUGUUAUAACAGAACUGUAUGUAUUUUGUAAAUACUAAAUAUAUUAGGAACCAAUAUAGGAUUUAUAAAAUGA